UAAUUUCCAUUAUAAUAAUCAAAAAAAAAAUUUUAUAAAAAUCCAUUCGUUUAACUCAAUAUUAUUUUAUUUUACAGCGCUUUCCACAGCUACUGGAGAUGUGGAAAGUGGAAUUCAAUCACAAGAUAACAAAACCGAUUCGUUACAAUCAUUGUCACAUCUCGAUCCACCAAUGGAGACACUUUACAUGAUUUGUGGAGUAUUAAUUGCCACAGCCUUAGUGGGUGUGAUAAUUAUUCUCAUUGCUGUUACCAUCAGCAAACUACGGAAGAGGGAGGACCAUGCCAAUGACCAAGUCAAUGCAGAACAGCCAGCAGUGGUACAAACAGCUACUUCGGCUACUACCAACAUUUCAGCAACAACCACUGAUCAAAUGUUGAGUCAGGAUAUCCGUAACAAUGGCAUUGUUAAUCCUGCAGCUACAAUAACAGCUACAGAAAUGAAUGGUAUCACUGAUGGCAGUACUACAGUUAUUACGGAAACUACUGAACAAUUCGUUUGGCAAUUUCCACCACCUUAUCCACCACCACGUACGCCUCCGCCUCAAUAUGCGCUGUACAAUGACCAGAAUACGCUUGUACACGGUUUGGAGUCGGAUCGGCCUGGAUUUGCCAAAGGCAUUCGUAAGAACCUCGGUGGACGCUGGCGUCGGCUAGUAAAAAAGAAGAAUACAGAUACAUGUGCCAUUCCUCCUGAACUAAAGGAUCAGCUGAAAACAAUUUACGUUUAUUGACCUGGUGACUGAGCCCGUCUAUCAGACUUGGAUCAUCACAUUUUAUCUAUGGAAGCCUUCCACUCAGUAAUCAAUGCUUUCCUUAUUGUAAGAUAGUUAUACUAUAAGAAGAAUGACAGUUUGGAUAUGAAAAGGAUGAAUACUUUUUUGGCCGAGGAGAGAAAAAAAAAAACAUUGCAGAAGAUGUAGAAAAAAAGUAAAAGAAUGUAUGUGAGAUAGAAUGAGAGAAAAAAAGGGAGAGAAUGAAGAGUUCAAUGGUCUCGUGAGACGAAAAAGAGUAAAAAAGAUAUGUGUGCUGCUAUUCGUAACCACGAGGGACUUGAGGCACGCCCUUUAGGUGAGCGUUACACGCCGUAUUCGGUGGAAGAUGAAAGAAGAGAUGAAAAAGACAUUGAAAAAGGACAAGCCUCUAGCAUCCGCUGGUUCCACAUAUCGAUUCGUUACCUUCUCGAGUUUUAUUUCUACUGGCUCUUAAUUGUUAAAUCAUGAACAUAAUUUUACACUCAGGAACCACAAUUAAAUUGUCUUGAUAAAAUUAUGAAAAUUGAUGUAAAUUAAAAAAUAGUGCCUUCUCCACGAGCCGCUGUCGACAAAAAACGUUUAAGCUAUGCACAAAUAAAGAUUAUUAUUACAGAAAUUGAGAUUAAAACUAUGUAAAUUUUUUUAUGGAAGCGAAAACGUUACAUGUGGCGACAUAUGUUCAAAAGAACUCAAUGAGACUGAAGAUGUAAAGAUGUACGACAAAACGAGUUACCUCGUAGCUUUUGUGUACGUUUUACACAAUUAUAUAGAUUAAAAUUAAAAAACUGAAUUACGAACUACUGGUAUUAUUUGGAUGCUUGAAUUAUAAAGGACUGCAGUCUUAUAUAUUUAGAUUUAAUUUUUAAUUUAUAUAAUAUUUCUCAAUUAUUACUAUGAUUAUAAUAAUUAUUUAUAUAAUAUUAUUAUUUUAUUUUUUAUUUUAAAAACUAUUGGGUAAUUCCAUACAUAUUAACAACAUCACUUCAUAAAGUUUCAGUCAAAUAAUAGUUUAUAAAAUAGAGUGAGAUAAAUAUUUUCCUAUAUAUUUUUGUAUGAUUUAAUUCAAUAAUUGAAACAAUAGUAUUGAAAUAAAAAUAAUAUGAUUCUGUUUUUCAUGUGGAAUUACCCGUUUACUAUUACACAUUGAUUGAAAUACAAACAUCAUUACUCAUUUGUGUCCAAAUAAUUUACUUUGUACAACUAGCAGUCCUUUUAUCGUUUGUAUAUAGAUGUACAAAGCAAUAAGCGCAUACCACUUGUAUUCUGGUAAUAUAUUAAUUCAAAAGAUGUGUAUGUGAAUUGUCAAAACAUUAUGUACGUGAGAGAGCUAUCCAAAAUUUUUUACAUGUCACGUCUGCAGAAAUACGCGGGAGUGGUAUGUUUUUAAUCGACCAAUGAUGCAUCUCGAUGACGUUUGAUAUUCAGUUUGAUAUUCAGUGAUAAAAUGAAAUUGAAUUUGCUGUGAAUUUAUUUGUCAUUAUAAACUUGUAUAGUAUUUGUUAAAAAAAAAAAAUGCAUCAUCGGUAAAGUGAAUUCUCAGGUUGAUUUCAAAUGUAGUUACGUGACGAUGGCUCAUAUUGAGCUUUUAGUAAUUUCUUUUCUCUCAAUUUUAGUCAAAUUGUUUUACUGCUAAUAAAGUCUUUUAAUUUUUUUAUAUGACAGAGAUUGUAUUCAGUUGAUAUGCUUUAAUAGUUUUAUAAUUUAAUGAACAUUAUUUUCGAAUAAAUGAGAAUUCGUAACUUUAGAUAUAAAAAUCAGAAUGGAAAAAAAAUUUGAAAUUUAAUGAAAAUGUCAUCUUUACAAGUAUUCAGAUAAAAUUGAUAUUUUUUCACAAAAAAGGUAUAUUUAAGUUGAAUGAAUUUCCUUUGCUGUAAAUACUAAUUUAAGAUUCGUUAAUAUUAAAUAAUGAUUCAUUAGAUACCAUAGUUGAAUGAAAAAAACCAACGAUGUGCCUACACGACAUAUCUAGCAUCAAUAUAUUGUGGUGUUUGUUUUAUAAUGAUUUCUUUAUAAAAUAAGGCUGCGUUUUCACUACCUAGUCACUUAUUAAUGUUAUCAAAACGAACUAAAAUGUAAAAAAUAAUGUUUAACAAUAGAAACGAUAUCCUUCGCAGCUCUCAUUACUUUGAAUAUCAUUCGAUACUAAAAUUAAAUAAACUAUACAAAAUAUAUAUG